UCUCACUUUUUCAAACUCCCUCUCCUGAUUCUUUCUCUCUUCUAAAACCUGCUUUUUCUCUUUCUUUUCACCUCCUCCGUUCAAUGUGCUCCUCCUCUUUUUCAGUCCUUAGAGAAAGAGAGAGAUUCUCUGCUCUUUUUCCUCUCAAGGAUUGCUUGUUCUCCACCUUCUCAAGAUUCCUUUCUUUUCUCUCUCUAGCUUAGCCCUCCAAAAUGCCUUCAAAUCCCAUGCUUAUGAAGAAGCCCCAUCACUCUCCCUCCCCUUUGCUGGAAAAAGCUCCAAUCAAAACCCUAAUUCUCAGCAUCUUUUGCCCUAAAAUUUCCACUUCUUUCUUCUUCCGGAAAUCAUUUUUCUCUGCAAUUAAUGGGUUCUUCAGAAGUGAACCAAAUUGUUCAGCCCUGCAUUUAUGGUCACCUUGGUCCAUCAUAUGCUCUGAAGAAGUCUAGCUUGAUGAAAUGGGUUAGCAAGUUCUUUAAAGGAUCAAACCAGAAGAUCUCAAAUGGUCAUCACCCAAGAGUCAUUAGUGAUGAAAACAUGGUUUGGCGUGCUCCAACUGGUUCUGUAGGUGAUGGUGAUAGAGCCAAGAAUGAGGAUCUAGACCAUGGUUUAGCACUCCCUCUAGCUGAUGAUUUGAGAAAGCCAACAGGUUGUAGAAGACGUGCAGGUAAUGAUGAAGAUUAUAGAAGACAUGCAGAUAAUGAUGAAGACCUCGCAAGAGCCCUUCAAGAGAGCUUGAAUAUGUCGCCUUCAUAUAAUCCAUACACCCCUCAUUACUAUUAUCCUAGGGGAUAUAGAAUUUGUGCUGGCUGCAAUUCUGCAGUUGGCUAUGGGCGUUUUCUAAGCUGCAUGGGAGCUGUAUGGCACCCCCAGUGCUUUUGUUGUCAUGCUUGUGGGGAGCCAAUUUCUGAUCCUCAGUUUUCUUUGUCAGGGAAUGAUCCCUACCACAAGUCCUGUUACAAGGAGCUGCAUCAUCCCAGAUGUGAUGUCUGCCGUGAAUUCAUCCCAAUAAACAAAGCUGGUUUGAUUGAAUAUAGGUCGCAUCCAUUCUGGCAACAGAAAUAUUGUCCCUCACAUGAGUAUGAUAGGACAGCUCGAUGUUGCAGUUGUGAACGCAUGGAGCCGAGGAAUGUACGUUACAUUUCUUUGGGAGAUGGACGAAGUCUAUGUCUUGAGUGCUUGGAUUCUGCUGUAAUGGAUACUGGUGACUGUCAGCCUCUUUACCAUGCAAUAAGGGACUAUUAUGAAGGAAUGAACAUGAAACUAGACCAGCAAAUUCCUAUGUUAAUGGUUGAAAGACAAGCACUUAAUGAAGCCAUGGAAGGGGAGAAAGAUGGACAUCGUCACAUGCCAGAGACACGUGGUUUAUGUCUAUCAGAGGAGCAGACAGUCAGCAGUAUAUUAAAGAGACCUAUGAUAGGAGGCAAUCAACUUAUAGGUAUGAAGACUCAACAACAGAAGUUACCUCGGAGAUGUGAAGUCUCUGCAAUUCUUGUUCUUUAUGGUCUCCCAAGGCUGUUAACAGGUUCUAUUCUGGCUCAUGAAUUGAUGCAUGGUUGGCUACGACUUAAAGGUUAUCGUAACCUCAGUCUUGAAGUAGAGGAAGGCAUUUGUCAGGUGCUCUCCCAUAUGUGGCUUGAAUCGGAAGUUAUGUCUGGCUCAAGCAACACUACAUAUGGACCAUACUCAUCAUAUGCAUCAUCGUCAUCUUCUUCUUCAUAUGCUCCAUCAUAUGCAUAUGCUUCAUCAUCAUACUCAUCAUCAUCAAAAAAGAAUAUGGGGAACUCGGAUCUUGAGAAGAAGCUCGGUCAAUUCUUCAUGUGUCAAAUAGCGAGCGACUCAUCACCAGCAUAUGGAGGAGGGUUCAGAGCUGCAUAUGCAGCGGUUACUAAAUAUGGGCUGUAUGCUACAUUGGAACAUAUGCGUAGGACUGGCAAUUUCCCAGUGUGAACACAGUCGGUAAUAAUUUCCAUAAAAGAGUCGUCCUUUGGAGAUGGAAGGAGGCUUUGGAUUCUCUGUUUAUAAAGAAGAAAUGAAUUAACAGAAAGGGCAAAAAAAA